CUCCUCCCUCGUGCCGGCCUUCAAGAGGGCGACGAGGAAGCGGCCACCACCCUGCGCCCCGCCCCUCGGGCUUGCUCUGUGGCUCCCUGCUUCUCCCGGUCCUUUCCCGGCUUCCCUCCGGCUCACGCUCCGGCUCGGCGGCGGCUGUGGGCAGUUUCAGUGGUUCAGAAUGGCUGACCUCAGUCUUGCAGAUGCAUUAACAGAGCCAUCUCCAGAAAUUGAGGAAGAGAUUAAGCGGGACUUCAUUGCCACACUGGAGGCAGAGGCCUAUGAUGAUGUUGUGGGAGAAACUGUUGGAAAAACUGACUAUAUUCCUCUCAUGGAUGUUGAUGACACAACUGGGACCUCAGAAUCAAAAAAGAAACCUUGCUCAGACACUAGCCAGGUCGACGAUACUCCAGCUUCUAAACCAACAGUUCUAGCCAAUGGUGAUCAUGGAAUAGAAGAGAAUAAUACUACAGGGUCUCCAACUGACUUUCUGGAAGAGAAAAUGGCAUACAAAGAAUAUCAGAACUGGCCAGAAGACACAAACUUUGGUUUCCAACCUCAGCAAGUGUUAAACCCUAACCAGACGGAUCCCCUUAAGAUGCAUCAUGACGAUGGCCUGGCAGAUUUGCUCUUUCUCUCUAGUGGAACUACAAAUGCUUCAACUUUUGCAAGGCAAAAUGAUCCCCUGGAAGACAGUUAUGGUAUGUCUCCCUUCAGCACAUUUGUUCCUACAACUGAUACACCCCAGGAGUGGCCUACAGAAAUUCCAAACUCUGCAAGCUUUGUUUCCACAGAAGCUGUUACAGAACCUACACAGUCAGCAACAGAGUUAUCCAAGGAAGUAGAAAUGGAAUCAGUGGAAAAUCACCCACCAGCUAAAGCAUUGGAAAUAAUAAUGGAACAAAAGACUACUAACAUAGUACCAUGUGGAGAAACAGAGAUAGCCCCAGCGGAGGACAUGACACCAGCCUUAGAAACAGAGGUGGCAGUGACUAAAGAUAUGGAAGAGCCCACCGAACCAGAUGUCAUAUUGGCCAAGGACUUGCAUCCAUCCCUCAACUCAAAUGCAUCCUUGGCCAAAGACAUGAUACAGCCCAUAGAAACCGAGGUGGCCCCAGGCGAGGAUGUCAUAGUGCCUGCAGAGACAGAUGUGUCUUUAACUGUGGAUGUGCUACCACCUGCAGAAACGGAGUCGGCCCCAGGCCAGGAUGAGGCACUAUCUAAAGAAAUGGAGACGGUACCUUCUAUAAAAAUGGAUAUAGCCCCACAUGAGGACAUAGUAGCACCCAAAGAAACCGAGACCACCCCGAGUAAGGGUAGAGUGUCACUGUCAGAAACAGAGGUGCUCAUAGCGAAGGAUAGUGCAUCAUCCACAGAAAUACCCUCAGCUGAGGAGAUGGCCUUGACCUCAGAAACAGAGGUAAUCUGGGCACAUGAUAUGGCACUACCCUCAGAUACUAUGGCAGUUUUGCCUAAGGAUACUAUCCUGCCCUUAGAAACAGAGAGGUCCCUGGUCAAGGACCUGAAUCCAUCUCUGGGAACAGAAGUGGCUCUAGGCAAUGAUGUGGCUCCAUCCUCAGCAACAAAAUUGGACCUAGUUGAGGACAUCACUCCAUUCCCAGAAACAGAAAUGGCCCUGGGUAAUGAGAUGGUUGCUAUGGUUGAACCAAACGCGACGGUCCAGGCCAAGGAUGUGAGCCCACUCCCAGAAAAAAAGGAUGCCUCAAUCAAGGAUGUGCCUCUGCCUCCAGAAAUAGAGGCUGCCCUAGCUAAAGAUGCAGCUCUGUCAAUUGAAACUGAGGAGACUCUGACCAACAACAUGACUUCACCCAAGGAUGCUGUACCACCCUCAGAAACAGAAGUAGCCUCAGUUGUAAUUAAAGACACAGAAAUUGCACGGACCCAGGAGGGCAGACGUGAGGAUUCUCUGUUAGACUCUGUCCAGCAGGCAGCACCACCAGCUGUGCCUCCCUUCACUGUUUCACCAGAACCAGUCAAAGAAGCUACAGGCCAAAAGUAUAACUUGCCAAUAAAUGAAGAUUCUAUGCUAGAGAAAUCAGAGCAAAAGAAACCGAUCAAUAGUCAACCUUCUGAACUUUCUCUAGAGACCUCAGGACUAGCCAGACCAGAAGAAGGAAAGGCUGCUAUUGGUGUGGCCGGAAAUGACAUCACUGCUCCACCAAACAAGGAGCUACCACCAAGCCCAGAGAAGAAAACAAAGCCUUUGGCCACCACUCAACCUGCAAAGACUUCAACAUCGAAAGCCAAAACACAGCCCACUCCUCUCCCUAAGCAGCCAACUCCCACCACCCCAGGUGGGUCGAAUAAAAAACCCAUGAGCCUCGUUUCAGGCUCAGUGCCAGCUGCCCCACCCAAACGCACUGCCGCUGCCACUGCCAGGCCAUCCACCUUACCUGCAAGAGACGUGAAACCAAAGCCCGUUGCCGAGGCAAAGGUUCCUGAGAAGCGUACCUCACCAUCCAAGCUUGCCUCUGCUCCAGCCCUCAGACCUGGGUCCAAGAGUACCCCAACUGUCCCAAAAGCCACAUCACCUGCUACCCUUGCUUCCACUGGGCCAAGCACUAGAAGCCCUGCCACACCCCUGCCAAAGAGGCCCACCUCCACGAAGACUGAGGGAAAGCCUGCAGAUGUCAAGAGGAUGACUGCAAAGUCUGCACCGGCUGAAUUGAACCGCUCAAAACCCGCCUCCACCACUUCUGUGAAGAAAAGCACUACUCCCACUGGAGUAGCACCCAUAGCAGGGAUGACUUCCACUCGAGUCAAGCCCACACCUGCACCUUCCCGGCCUGUGGCUCCUUCUAUGGACAGAAAGCCCACCUCAGCUAAGACUAGCUCCUCUGCUCCCAGGCUGAGCCGCCUGGCCACCAAUGCCUCAGCCCCCGAUCUGAAGAAUGUCCGCUCCAAGGUCGGCUCCACAGAGAACAUCAAGCAUCAGCCUGGAGGAGGCCGGGCCAAAGUAGAGAAAAAAACAGAGGCGGCUGCUACAGCUGGAAAGCCUGAACCUAAUGCAGUCACUAAAACAGCCGGCCCCAUUGCGAGUGCACAGAAACCGCCUGCUGGGAAAGUCCAGAUAGUCUCCAAAAAAGUGAGCUACAGCCAUAUUCAGUCCAAGUGUGGUUCCAAGGACAAUAUUAAGCAUGUCCCUGGAGGUGGUAAUGUUCAGAUUCAGAACAAGAAAGUGGAUAUCUCCAAGGUCUCCUCCAAAUGUGGAUCCAAAGCUAAUAUCAAACACAAGCCUGGUGGAGGAGAUGUUAAGAUUGAAAGUCAGAAGUUGAACUUCAAAGAGAAGGCCCAGGCCAAGGUGGGAUCUCUCGAUAAUUUGGGCCACCUGCCUGCAGGAGGUGCUGUGAAGAUUGAGACCUACAGGCUGACGUUCCGGGAAAAUGCCAGGGCCCGCACCGACCAUGGGGCUGAUAUUGUCUCCCGGCCCCCCCACUUUCCUGGUGGCCCAAGCUUGGGCUCCCGGGCCCUUGGCUCCCUUUCCAGGGCUGUCUACUAGACCUGUGAACUUGGGUGCUGGGCAGCCCUUAGGUCCCUUUCCCGCCUCGCUUGCUCAGGGCAGCAGCACUCCUGUCCCGUGCCCCCCCCACGCCAGGCCCCCCUGCGGCUUUGCUCCUGUCCCAUCAUCACUCUGCCACCGAUGGGGAGGGAGAAGGGCGGGAUCCAGAGGGGGAGCCAGGCUCCAGCCUCUGUUUGGGUUUUCUGGACCAAACCCAAAAGAAACUGACAUACCCUCCCCCCUCCCUGGGUAAACCUCAAGGGGCAAGUGGAGGUGGAUUCCACGUGAUGACCAGCGAUGACUACAUCCCCUGAAGCCUGCUAAGCCACUGCCUCUCUGAUCCCCUAAUGGAGUCCAUCAUACAGGAGGUGCCAGGCCCUCUUGCUGCCCUGCCCCAAGUUAGUUAGGGAUCAGAACCGUCUGUCCCCACUGCUUACCAUACCUACCUAGCUGCUCUCUCACUUUUUUGUUGUAUUUUAUUUUUCCUCCCUAAUAACCUAUAAACUGGUGGCAAGGUUGCAGGUUGAAGCCAUGUGUAAAAGAGUUCUCAGUAGGUGUUAAAGGAAGCAGGGAAGGAAGAUCCCGAGUCUCCACUGGGAGGCUGUCACAUGUUGGGGCUGCUCUGCUCUGGGCAGCUUGGAUUCCUGUAGGUAGGCAAGGUAGGGUUAGGGUUGCAGCCUGGUGAACAAUGAGGGCUGAUCAGUGUGGACUGGCUGUGCUGGUAUUUUGUGUGUAUGCUGCUUUGUUUUUUUUUUUUUCCCUAACCAAGAGGCUGGUUUAGGCAUCUUUCUCAUUCCCUGGGAUCUGGUGGUCAACUGUGCGAUACAAGGCCAGGGCUGGACAGACAGAAGUGGGCCAUGGAGGUCGGAAUCCUUAAGGCACUGAAACCCUCAUGACCAGGGGAGCCUGAGAUGUUCUGAACACGAGGACAGCGGGGAAUCAGGUCUGGAAAUUGAAAAAUAAAAGGCUGAAGACUGAGGUCAUCCCUCUUUCCUUCUGACCUGACUGGAGAGGAAGAGAGGCAGCCUGUGGCUGGGCGGCCACCCCAGCCAGAGACCUAGCUUGUGGGUGGGAUGGCUGCAAAGAGAAAUCCCGGGAAUUGUAUCGACACAAAGAUUCUUAUUGCACUUGUAUUUUUUGUAUUAAAGUUUGCAUGGUUUCUAAUAAAGGAUUAAAACCUAAGUUUGUAGUGAAAUGGCCUGGGAGUGUCCAAGGGCGCCUCUGGUAAGGCAGUUACUGCUGUGCAGACUUGCCUCAGAGGAGGCUGGCCCAGACUUGAUCCCUCUGGCCUUCCUCUUGACAACAACCUCCACCCUCUGUUCUCAUGGUCCUGCUUGGAGCUGGAAAAGGUAGAGUUAGUCACUCUCUCUGGAGGGAGGGCAUCCUCAGGCCUGAAGGUUCUCUCCAUUUUGACAGCGCAUCCUCAGCUCCAACACCCAGGAAAUUGUGUGGGUUGGACCGCUUUCUUCCCUCAGACUGCCUGCAGUGCUACGUGCCUGGGGUCUCAGAUACUGCAUUGGGUCAGUCAGAGGAAAGAUGAAACUGGGAAGGAGGCACCAGGAGCCAAGGACAGUGUUGUGAUGGCGGACGGUCACUUGCUUCCCUCCUCGGUGUUGGUCUUAGGGCCUUGAGCAUGCUGAAGUAGACGAGUUCUGGGUCCUUUAACUCCUUUGGCCUGUACUCAGGGAAGGGAGGUGGCCCAAGUGGAAUGCGCUAGAUGGGCCGAAAGUGAAGAGCCUGCCUGCUCCCACUCCCUGGAAAGGGUCCUACAGGUCAGAAAAGACUGGCCUGGUAGGUGAGGACCACAGGCCUGUGUGAUAUGUAUACUUUGCAACCAUUUGGGUUUGGGGCAUUUCUGUACUUUCCAAUUUGCUCAUGGCUUGGCCAUUACACAUGUCUGUAAUUCUGUUGUACUGAUUUCAAGAGUAAAUAAAGCUGCCUGACAUCCCA